AUGCUUCUGCUGCUGCUGGGGAGUUUGGUGGGGAGUUUGGUGGGGAGUCUGGUGGAGAGUCUGGUGGAGAGUUUGGUGGAGAGUUUGGUGGAGAGUUUGGUGGGGAGUCUGCUGGAGAGUUUGUUGGUGAGUCUGGUGGGGAGUUUGCUGGAGAGUUUGGUGGGGAGUCUGCUGGAGAGUCUGGUAGGGAGUUUGUUGGAGAGUCUGGUGGGGAGUUUGCUGGAGAGUCUGGUGGGGAGUUUGCUGGAGAGUCUGGUGGAGAGUUUGUUGGAGAGUCUGGUGGAGAGUUUGCUGGAGAGUCUGGUGGGGAGUUUGCUGGAGAGUCUGGUGGAGAGUUUGUUGGAGAGUCUGGUGGAGAGUUUGCUGGAGAGUCUGGUGGGGAGUUUGGUGGAGAGUUUGUUGGAGAGUCUGCUGGGGAGUUUGGUGGAGAGUUUGUUGGGGAGUCUGCUGGGGAGUUUGGUGGGGAGUUUGGUGGGGAGUUUGGUGGAGAGUCUGUUGGAGAGUCUGCUGGAGAGUUUGCUGGAGAGUCUGCUGGAGAGUCUGCUGGGGAGUCUGCUGGAGAGUUUGGUGGAGAGUUUGUUGAAGAGUCUAUUGGGGAGUUUGCUGGAGAGUCAGGUGGGGAGUCGCGUGGAGAGUUUGUUGGAGAGUCUGCUGGGGAGUCUGGUGGAGAGUUUGUUUGGGGCAGCGGUGGAGAUGGCUUGA